UCGCCGCCGCCGCCCAGCCUCGCCUCGCGCGCCUCCCAGCUCUUCACAGAGCAGCCCGGAGCUAGGAGUGGUCCAGAGCCCGAGGGUGGGAAGGGCGAGUCUGUCUGGCUUUUUCCCUCUCCGGCUUCUUUUCCCUCCUCCUUCCCACUUGUGUGCGGACGAGUGUGUGAGCCAUGGAACGAGGAGCCUGGACUCUGCAGCGUGCCGCUCUCGCCCUCCUUUGCGCUUGGUGUGCACUGAACAGCGCAAAAGCCAGGAGGCAGUUUGUCAAUGAAUGGGCGGCGGAGAUCCCCGGGGGCCCGGAGGCAGCCUCGGCCAUCGCUGAGGAGCUGGGCUAUGACCUUUUGGGUCAGAUUGGAUCACUUGAAAAUCACUACUUAUUCAAACAUAAAAACCAUCCCCGAAGGUCUAGAAGAAGUGCCCUCCACAUUACGAAGAGAUUAUCUGAUGAUGACCGUGUGAUCUGGGCUGAACAACAAUAUGAGAAAGAGAGAAGCAAACGUUCUGCUCUAGGAGACUCUGCAUUGAACCUCUUCAAUGAUCCCAUGUGGAACCAGCAGUGGUACUUGCAAGACACCAGGAUGACUGCAGCCCUGCCCAAGCUGGAUCUUCAUGUGAUACCUGUUUGGCAAAAAGGCAUCACGGGUAAAGGAGUUGUUAUCACUGUACUGGAUGAUGGCCUGGAGUGGAACCACACAGACAUUUAUGCCAAUUAUGAUCCAGAGGCUAGCUAUGAUUUUAACGAUAAUGACCACGAUCCAUUUCCCCGAUAUGAUCCCACAAAUGAGAACAAACACGGGACCAGGUGUGCAGGAGAGAUUGCCAUGCAAGCCAACAAUCACAAGUGUGGAGUGGGAGUUGCAUACAACUCCAGGGUCGGAGGCAUAAGAAUGCUGGACGGCAUUGUGACUGAUGCCAUUGAGGCCAGUUCCAUUGGAUUCAACCCUGGACAUGUGGACAUUUACAGUGCAAGCUGGGGCCCUAAUGAUGAUGGGAAAACCGUGGAGGGGCCUGGACGGCUAGCCCAGAAAGCUUUUGAAUAUGGUGUCAAACAGGGAAGACAAGGGAAGGGCUCCAUCUUCGUCUGGGCCUCGGGGAACGGCGGCCGGCAGGGGGACAACUGUGACUGCGAUGGCUACACCGACAGCAUCUACACCAUCUCCAUCAGCAGUGCCUCCCAGCAAGGCCUGUCCCCUUGGUAUGCUGAGAAGUGCUCCUCCACGCUGGCCACCUCGUACAGCAGUGGGGACUACACUGACCAGCGAAUCACCAGCGCGGACCUGCACAAUGACUGCACUGAGACCCACACGGGCACCUCGGCCUCCGCACCCCUGGCUGCCGGCAUCUUCGCUCUGGCCCUGGAAGCAAACCCAAAUCUCACCUGGCGAGACAUGCAGCACCUGGUUGUCUGGACCUCUGAGUAUGACCCAUUAGCCAAUAAUCCGGGCUGGAAAAAGAAUGGGGCAGGCCUGAUGGUGAACAGUCGAUUUGGCUUCGGCUUGCUGAAUGCCAAGGCUCUGGUGGAUCUGGCAGACCCCCGGACCUGGAGCAGCGUGCCGGAGAAGAAGGAGUGUGUGGUAAAGGACAACGACUUUGAGCCCAGAGCCCUGAAAGCUAACGGAGAAGUUAUCAUUGAAAUCCCGACGAGAGCUUGUGAAGGCCAAGAGAACGCCAUCCAGUCCCUAGAGCACGUGCAGUUUGAAGCAACAAUUGAAUAUUCCCGCAGAGGAGACCUGCACGUCACACUGACUUCUGCUGCUGGAACCAGCACAGUACUGCUGGCUGAGCGAGAGCGGGAUACAUCUCCUAAUGGCUUUAAGAACUGGGACUUCAUGUCUGUUCACACCUGGGGAGAGAACCCCACAGGCACAUGGACUUUGCGAAUUGCAGACAUGUCCGGGAGGAUGCAGAACGAAGGACGAAUCGUGAACUGGAAGCUGAUUCUGCACGGGACCUCUUCCCAGCCCGAGCACAUGAAACAGCCCCGUGUCUACACAUCCUACAACACGGUCCAGAACGACAGGAGAGGGGUGGAGAGGAUGGCGGAUGCCCGUGAGGAGCAGCCCACCCAGGAGAACCCUAAGGCCAAGGCCCUGGUGUCCAACAGCCCCAGCAACAUUAGUGUGGGAGGCAGAAAGAAUGAAGUGGCCGAGGGAGCCCCUUCCCAGGCCAUGUUGCGACUCCUACAGAGCGCUUUCAGCAAAAACUUGCCUCCAAAGCCAUCGCCAAAGAAAACCCCAAGUGCAAAGCUCGACAUUCCUUACGAGAAUUUCUACGAAGCCCUGGAGAAGCUGAACAAGCCUUCCCAGCUGCAAGACUCCGAGGACAGUCUCUAUAACGACUAUGUUGAUGUGUUCUACAACACAAAACCUUACAAGCACAGAGAUGACCGGCUGCUGCAGGCCCUGGUGGACAUUCUGAACGAGGACAAUUGACUUCAGUGUGUGGCCCCCAGGGGGAAAUAUUCACACACCUUCCUUCUUCUAUUUUGCCAGUGUCUAAAGUGAUUGUUUUGUCAUUGAUUCCUAAGCUUACAGCAUUUUUUAUCUUUUUCUCCCCAAAACUGUAUGUGUGAAGGGGAUAAGCUCAAAUAGGAAAUCCAACCUCCAGAAUCGAACAUAGCUCUUUUAGAACAUGUCUUCCCUGCCCGCACAAGGGAUGUGCUUUCUUCUCUAUGGGCCACAGAUGACACAUGGUCCUCACUCCACAUGGGAAUGCCUCCAUGAGCCCAUUUCAUUUCUCAAAAAAAAAAAAAAAAAAAAAAAAAAAAAAAAAAAGGCAAGUCUGGGCUUUUUAAUUGGUUGCAAAUAAUUAAUUUGUGAAAGUCAUCUGCAAAGAAUGGGUGAGGGGGAAACCUGCUGUGUUGCUUGUUCCUUGUAUUUCCCUGUGGGUCUUUGAAUUUGGAAGGCUUCUAAUGAAUGAGUUUACAGUUAGACUCAUACCCCAGGCCUUUCAAUUCCCAAGCACUACAUAUUCUGGGAGUGGCAAUCUGGACAUCUAGGGUGAAAGCUGGGCUAUUUAGAUCUAGAAACAAACCUUAAAACCUGCAUUAUCAGGAUACAGUGGUUCUCGAAUGUUCUUUGCUUGGUGCACCACAUGGAGGCCCCUGCUGUGUGCCCUGGGCUUCCUCUAUUUCUCCGUCUCCUGCAGGUUUUCUGUACCUAGCUCCUUUGUCAGCCACAAAUUUAAUAUUGAGAGGACUCCUCUAAAUCAUUCUCCCCCAAACAAACUUACACUUGGGACUUGGCAAAUUCCUAGCCAUAAAUUUUUACAGCCAGAAUAAACCACUGGUAACCUGGAAAAUCAGUGUAAUCACAGGAAAAUGUUCAUAUGGAGGAACCAAUGAGAGUUUUAAUUUUUUUUGAGUUGCGGUCAUCAGAACAGGUUGUUCUGGGUCUUUGAUAUGCAGAUGCUCACCAACCACUUCCAGGCUUCAGAUCCCAAGACAUAAAGUAGCAGCCCAAAGACCUCAUUUCCCCCUCAGGUAGACUGUGUUUGGUGUAUUGAAUGUUUGAAUAUGUGACUAUUGAAAAUAUGAAAUUUUACAUAAAACCUGGUUCUCAGAUCCAGCAGUUGGCUGGAGCUGCAUAGCUGCUGGUUAGACUUGAGUUUCAUGUCCCCCAGGGUACCCUGCUCUGUGCUGCUCACAGUAUCUUACCCGUUGCUGGCCAGUGUCCAGUAGGCAUUGGAUUUUGCCCACUUCUGCAUUAAACAAAUGCAUACAAAGUAUAAAUGCAUUAGGAUAAAACCAUGCUGGGCUUCUUUUAGGCUGGCUCUGUCAAUAAUAGUUAUGAGUUUGUUAUAACCUAGUUAAUUUAGGUUGUAUUUAUAGGCAGGAGAAAGAGUAUUUAGACUCUGAAAGUACAUCUGAAAUCUAGUUUGAUGUAUUCAUUUCCUCUCACCUCACCUGACACUCACUUGCACUAAGUGUUAACAGCCAACCUCCUGGCUUCCCUCUCCCAAUGUGCUCACGAUGUCUCCAGUGGUCUACAGUGUUGGCCUUCUCCCACUGAGUUGCUGUUUGCAAUUCUUCCAUCAACUUUGAACUUCUUAAGGCCACUGGUGGCAUAGAAUUAGUUCAAGGAGAGAACUCCGGACUCAACUUAGAAUCUGUUGCUCCCUCUGGCUUGGAGUAUUGCUGGUAAGACAAACUUCCACCCCGUCUUGUACCAUUUCUACAAUUUGUGCAGAACUAGGCUUCCCAGAGCAAAACCUGUGACACUGAGAGGAUAUUCUGCUAAAAGACGUGCAGCAUCACUUUGUCCUUGGAGAUGUUAUGUGUUUGAUAUGAAGAGCUGGUUAGAAAUUUGACUGUUGCAACACAUCAAAAAGUAUUAAAACUGAAAAGAACUAGAGUCAUUAACUUUCCAUUAAGAAAUUAAAACUAAGGCCCACAAAGGCCAACAAGUGAUCUGGAAGAGUUGGAAUUAAAACUCAUCCUUUUCCCAUUCCUAAUAUAGUGCUAAAUGUGUGAUGCUCUCUUUAUUGUUCUUCCUAAUGGCAUCUUUUCCCAGUCAAAAUCCCAACCAUCUCAUUGGGUUGCAGCCAAAGGUUCACACUUAGAGAAGCUUUAAUAUUCCAAUAAAAUCAUGGUUGAAUGUUUCCAACCUGGUGUAUAUUGUCCAGACAUAAAAUAUUUUUGUCAGUCUUUCUUAGUGCCUGUGUGGAUUUUUGUGAAAAUGUAAAAGGAAACUUAUAUAAUAUUUCCCUUGGAAUUUUAAACUAUAUUUUCUUUACAGGUAUUUAUAAUGUACCAAGGCUUUUGUCAAACAGAAUUUUAAAAGGCAUAAUAAAUUAUAUAAUGGAACCAAAAGUUUUCCUGAGAAUAAGAAAGUUUCAUCCAAUAAAAUAUUUUUGAAAGGCAUGUUCCUCUGUCAAUAAGAAAGUGUAAUAUGUAUGUGUUGUGAUAUUAAAAGUGACAUUUGUCUAAUAGCCUAAUACAAUGUAUAGCUGAGUUUAACAUGUGGUCCUAGCACUCUUACAGGAACCCCCACAUUAUACACUUGAUGUAUUAACCAGAAUAUGUAAAAUAUGCUUAUAAAUCAGAAGAAUAAAUGAUC